AUGAGGACGACAAAAACGACGUUGAGGGUGGCGUCGUCAGGGGUAGAGAAAAACGACAUGAAAAAGCACAGUGAUUUAGGCGUUAAAAAUUGCAAGGGGUGGGGGAAGGAUGUUGAAGUUGCAGCGCUUAUCUCUGCGGAUGAUGGCUCUCAAACCCCAGCGCCUCCACAACAGUACCUAUCGCUCUCUUUCUCUUUUUUUGCAGAGACGACGUCGCAGAGCGUAGCAAAAAGGGUGAGGACGAUGACCACUGAAUCCUCCAUGAAAGAUGCCUUCGCCAAAUACACCGAUUACCUCAAUGGCCUGAAUGAAAAACGGGAAAGAGUCGUAAAAGCAAGUCGUGAUAUCACCAUUAACAGCAAAAAGGUCAUCUUUCAGGUGCACAGAAUCAGUAAACACAACAAAGAGGAAGUUCUGCAGAAAGCAGAAAAGGAUUUAGCGACUGUGACUGAUCAGUACAUCUCCCGACUGGUUAGGGAGCUGCAAGGGACUGAUUUUUGGAAGCUAAGACGAGCAUACUCACCUGGGGUACAAGAAUAUGUUGAAGCUGCAACGUUCUGUAAAUUCUGCAGGACUGGGACUCUUUUAAACCUUGAUGAGAUGAAUGCUACUUUGUUACCACUCAGUGAUCCUUCUCUUGAGCCUUUGCAGAUCAAUGUCCUUGACUAUCUCCUCGGGCUUGCAGAUUUGACUGGAGAGCUGAUGCGGUUGGCAAUUGGUCGAAUUUCAGAUGGUGAACUUGAUUUCGCUAAGAAGAUAUGCCAGUUUGUGCGUGAAAUUUACAGGGAACUAACCCUUGUUGUCCCAUUUAUGGAUGAUAGUCAUGACAUGAAAUCGAAAAUGGAUACAAUGCUUCAGAGUGUAAUGAAGAUAGAGAAUGCUUGCUUCGGUGUUCAUGUGAGAGGAUCAGAGUAUAUGCCCCUACUUGGCUCCGAUGAUCCAACUUCAUUCUUAUUGGGAGUGCCUGAUGUUGAAAUAUGA